CUCAUGAACAUUACCUUUUUCGCAUCCACCGCCUCAGAAGAUUGCAGCAGCAGCAGCAGCAGCAGCAGCAGCGAUAUUGAUUCUUCCUCCGAUCGUUCAAAUCAAGACAACACUACCCUUUCCAUCUCGAUCCGAACGAUCCCUCUGAGCCACACAUGUUUCAAUCUCGGCAACACCUUCAGCGAUCCGGAUUCAAAUUAUACUGUACAAGGCGAAAAAUGUGAAAAGGGACAACAGUGCGGUGUGAAUUAUACAAUUACUGCGCAUGGCUUCAGCACGAAUUUAAAUUAUAGUCGGGUGUUUUAUACGCAAGUGAGAAAUCCUUUGGCGGGGUUGGUUGGUUUGAUGGGGCAAAAUUAUGACGAUGAUGAUAAUAAUGAUAAUAAUGAUGAUCGAAGGGGAAAUAACAGCAGCAGCAGCAGCAAUGGAUCAUCACGAAAUGUUGCUGUUGGAGGACGAUUAGAAUUUGAAACUUUCAAUGGGCCGAAUUGUCAUGACAAGAAUGAUGAAGUUUCGCGGAAAUGGAAUUGUCUUUCGGAGCAAGGAGAAUGUACGACUUUGCCAUUUUCGGUGCAGAGUUUUGCUAUUGCCAUGACUGAGCCGGAAUUGGUGGGGCAUAGCAAUUGUACGAUUGCCGCUGAGAGUAAUGAUGGUGUUGCAGGCUGGUCGAGGUCAGGUGGAAUGCAAACUGCUGUGAUGGCGAGUCUGGGGUUGAUUGGAUUGGCGAUGGUUCUGUAAAACGAC